ACUUUUCCUACUAGGCAAAAAAGGUGGAUUCGUUAAUUGAUCACAUUAAUUAAACACAGAGGCAUCAGCACACCUGUAGUUGUCCUGGUAAUGUGUUCAGUAGACAAAAGCAACGGGGCACACGAUGAAGCAGGUUUUAAGGUGGUUUAUUUUGGGCACAGUAUUUUGGAACCGCCUUUUAUUACUUUACACUUGGUAGCUGUCCCCGUGUUUUCAUUUAUGACUGAGGCCCACUAGAUGGCGCUGUUUAGCCACGUUCUAUCAGCACAGAUUUAAUUUUCAUAUGUCAACAAUACUGUCACAGUACUUUCACAAUCUCAGUGCUGUAUCACUCCACAAGCAUUAAAUCCACACUGACCCCUCCACACACAAAAUUACUCUCCCAACAGUUUCACACACAAAUAGAAGCUUUCAGCCUCCAUUUAAACCUUUUAUGACAAACUGUUUACUGGAGUCUUUGAUAAAUCAUGGGACCCUUUAACUAAUGUCAUAACGUGUCUAUAAAAAGCUGAGGGAUUUGUCUUUGAGCUGUGGUGGGAGGGCCCCAUCAAACCAGCCCAACAACCCAUUUUCACUUCUGCUUUGCUAAGGAAGUAAGAAGGCACAUGAUCUGGGCCAGCUGAUUUCAGUGGUUCUGCUUGCUCAAAGUUCAGUCUGCUUUAGGGCAGAUUAGUAAGGGGUGGGCGAUUUUACUGAAGGGUCCACAAAGAAGGCGCUAGCCGCAUAUUAGCAGGUCUCUGCAUGUCUUCUGGAAUAACAGAGCACAAGAUGACGCCGUCCUCAUAGGGCCAAGAAAAAGCAGAUGGCUCUCACACAAGUACUGGACCAGACUGCUAAAGGGGGAAGGAUCAAUAAGGAAACUGGAGAGCUGAGUGCUUCAGGGGAGGUGGAGGUAAAGGUGGAGCGCUCUUGUAGGAACCCUCAACUCCCACAAGUGCUCAAAGAACAGCUUCAUGAGCUGGAAAUCCUCACGUACGUGAGUCCUGACAACAAAACUGACCACGUCCCUUUGGAGCAGAGAGAGGAACAUCUAGUCAAAGUCCUGCCUCUCUACCUGCAGGUCUGUGAGGAUGGUGGAGGACUCGAGUAUUUGAACAUAAAGGGGCUUGCAGCUCUCACAGCUGACACUGUCAUCCAUAACAUCCACAGCAGACUGGCUGAAAGACCUGCAGAGGGGGCUCGUAGUGAGGUGGUGCGGUUCUUCCAGAAGCAGGACACUGAGGGGACAACCUGUGAGGCGACAGACCAUCGAGGAUGGCUGCUGCUAAAGGCUCUGCUGCUGCUGACGGCUGACGACUCGGAUGUACUGUCCAGUAUAAACCCCAGGCUCCCUGCUGCUUUGGUGAAAUGUCUGUACCUGCUAGUGUGCCUUCCAGCUGAAAAGGAGAACUCUGCCAUAGAAGCAACCUUUCAGGAGCAGCUUACGCAGGUUCUCCUUCAGCUCUGUAGGAAGCCUGGUAAUGUGGAGAGACUGGUGGAAACUCAGGAGCUGCAGUGUCUAAUCAUUGGCCUCACAUCACUGUGGGACCAGACCAGCGCUACAUGGAGACAUCAGGCGUCCCGCGUACUCAAGGCCGUCUCCGCUGCAGCAACAAGCAACACUGUCCCGAGCUUGCAAGGAAAGAACUGUGUGCGUAUCUGCAUCCAGAACCUGUUGCACAUCAGUGGCGAUGUCCCCGGGUCUCUGCUGGCUGAGGUGGCUGUGGCUGUGUUCAGCUUCAUUAGAGACAGCUAUUCUCUCAAUCCAGCCCUCUUUGUCGAGUUUGACAACAACAAUGGCUACAAGGCCCUUGACCUCAUCCUGAAACGAUGUGAGGAAGGUGUUUCUGUGGAGACGUUACAGCCUGUCGAGGAGUUGCUGGCUCUCAUUGCGUCUUUCACCCUGCUUGGAAAAACUGAGCUAAAAGUUGCUCUCUGUGUGACAAAUCCCCAACCUCCGGCCUUUAGGUUUGACCCGCCUCUCGCCAAAGGUUUAACCGUAAAAAACCUGGCUGCCUUCCACCUGCUGCAGUCCUCCUUGCUGCGUUCUCACGACUCUGUGCUGUGCUGCCUGCUCCUUCGAACCUUGCAGACAAUAUGGGAGGAGGACCCGGCCAAUUUCUUCCUCUUGGAGUGGAGCGUUCAGUCCAUGUCCCAGCUGGCUGCCACUGUGUGGCGUAAACCGGCACCUGUCCAAAAACUCUUCUUCUCAAUGCUAGAGAUGGUGAUAUUUAAGUUGAACUACAUCCCCCAUGAGACCUUGCGGGCGCUGCUGCUUGUGCUGAAGCAGAACUGGUCCGGGACACUGGCUGGAGGAGUGGCAGGGUUAGAUUUUGGAGUGGUGGCCCUUAAGUGUUUUCACAGGAUGACCGUGCACAGUGGCAUGCUAUCUGAGGUUCUAAGCGACUGGGGCCUCCUGGAACUGCUGCUCGGCGAAAUCCGAAGGAGAGCUAAAAUCCUCAGGAAGGCUGGAGUUGUUUGUUCCCCUCAAUUAAAUCUCCAGCAGCUGCCGUGUGUGGAGGACGGCGAGAGACUGCUCACUACCUGCAUGCUUCAAGUUGUGUCAGCCCUCACUCUGCGGUCAAUCAAAAACACAAUUUCUGUUCGAGACCUUGGCAUGGUUCCCUACAUAAAGAUCUUCUUGGAUGAGGAUCAAUUUCGAGGUCCCACUCUGAGCAUUUUGGAGCAGCUAGCUGAAAUUAAUCCAGAGGAAUUUAUGAGUACAGCCAUAGGAGCCCUUUGCUCCUCCACACAGCAGGAACUUGGUUUGAAGAGGGACCUUUUGCAGUCCAUGCGGAAGGUGCUGGAGAGCCCCAACAGCUGGGACGCCUUCAGGAGAGCAGGAGGCUUCACUGGAAUGCUGUCUCUGGUGAUUGACAUGGAAGGAGCACUGUCCGAGCAUCCCCAGGUGGAGGUGUGGAAGUCCCUGGGGCACCAGCCGCUGCUGGACCUCCUCCUCCUCGCUCUCCACAUCCUGGCCUUGGCUGUGCAUCUUCACACCGUAAACGCACACCAUUUUGAGACCGGUGGCUUUUACGAACGGCUGGCCGAGGCUCUUCUCCAGCUGGGCUGCUUCCAUGCGGGAGUCCCUGAGAAGGAGAAAUGCGACGAAGACGCAGUCUCCCCUCCCGAGACCGCAGAGGAAAACCAGUCCCCUGGAAAAAGCUUUCACCAGUUUGUGGAGUUUGCAGAGGCCCCCGAGGUUCUCUACUGUCCCUCCAACCCUCCGCGGCCCAAUCUGCCUGUCACUCUUGGGACGUGUAUAAGGCUGCUCUCGUAUCUCGACAGGUUCGCCACAGGAACCUACUCUCCUCUGGAGUUAAACCAGGGACUAGAUCCUGAGAACGGGUGCGAUAAGGAGAAAGCAAACGGACCAGCAGGGCUUGAAGGAGUGUAUUCAGGGUCCCCUCCCGUCCACUUGGGACCAGGCCAGCAGUCCAUGGAGGACACACACGGAAGACCUAGAAACGCAGCAUCCAGUAUUUCCUCAGCCUGCACAGAUUCUCAGUACAGAACGUUCAGCUGCAAUCAUGUUAUUCUUCAUCCAGGAGCACUCCGUGUUAUCAUGACUCUCCUUCCAUCAGUAUUUAGUCCCAAGGACCCACAGCUCUCUACGGAGGUCCAGUUCUCAUUGGCGCACCACGUUCAAGCCAUGGUUGAAUCUGAGCGAAACCGCCAGAUAGUGUGUGAGGGGGGGCUGGUCUCCACACUCCUGGCCCACUGCCGGAGGGUGUUAAUGGCUCCCAACCACCCGUUGCAUCUGCCCGUCACUCGCAUCUUGGAGAAGCUCGCCUCCCACGCCAUCACACUUUCAGACUUCAGGAAAUUCCUGUGUUUAGGGGACCCGCUCAUGUGCCUAGCGGACAAAAUGGCGGAACGGAAACUUCCUUCUGUGAAUGCAGAUCACGGGGCAGAAGCGCAGGUCUCGUCAGGCUCUUCAUUUAAGAAACUGAAGCGCGCUUUCAGCUUGUUAAAGUCUACAACUCGCAGUGAAUCCCUUUUCGGUCCGGCAAUCCCUGUCCACCAGAUCAUCAGUCUGGUGUCCAUGACGUCGCCACGCACCUACAGACCACACCGGCUAUCCUCCUCACCUGCCUUUGUGGAGUUUGACAUGACAGAGAGUGGAUAUGGCUGCCUUUUCCUGCCCUCUCUGGCUACGGUGAAAGGAGUGACCGCUGAUUCAAUUCCAACCGGUGGAAUCGGAGGAGACUGCCGCGGCUUUCCCCCUUCAGCUGGUCUUUCAUUUUCCUGCUGGUUCCAGAUCAACCGGUUUAGUUCAGCCUGUGAUUCCCACCCAAUCCGUCUCCUAUCGGUGGUUCGCCACAUGUCUCGGACUGAACAACAGUACAUCUGUCUGUCGAUCUCCUUCUCAGCCAAUGACGGCUGUCUGGUUAUCUCCACAGAGGAGGAAGCAUUUACAUACCUGGAUAUGAUGGAGCCUGAAGUUUGCUCCCCCACCUCUUUGACUACAUCACUGAGGUUCCAGUGCUCCAGCAUACUGGUCCCCGGUCAGUGGCACCAUCUGGCUGUGGUCCUGUCCAAAGACGUAAAGAAGAGCUGUAUUGUUUCCGCCUACUUCAAUGGCAAAGCAGUGGGGACAGGAAAGAUGAAGUAUAUCCAGCCAUUCCCCGGUCAGUAUGUCUCCAUGGACCCCGCAGCCGUGGUCGACGUGUACGCGCUCAUAGGAACACCAGCGCUGUGGAAGGAGCACGCUGCUCUGGUGUGGCGAGUGGGUCCAUCGUUCCUGUUUGAGGAAGCUUUGAGCCCUGAGGCUGUGAGGGUUGUGUACACACGAGGCACCGCCUACCAAGGGAACUUCCUGGCUGUGGGCCACACAGGGGAUGAUCCAGAUGCUGAGUGUCCCACUCUCAGACUGGUUCCAGAGGAGAGGAUCUCGUUCGGCAUCAACCCAGCAAUUUCUUUAAUAACAACCGUUGUGCAGAUCCGAGAAAUGUACAAUGAGGUGGACUGCAGACUGAUUGCUAAAGAGAUGGGGAUUACGUCCCGGGAUCACUCAACGCCUGUGUUCCUGGCUCAAAACAUCAGCCAGAACCUUAGUGGUACAGCUCGCACCAUUGGAGCAGCCCUGGUUGGACAUUUUGGUGUGCGUAAGUUCACCCCCUGCAGUGCAUCCAAUGGAUUUCUGUAUGUCGGCGGACCUGCAGUUGUUCUCAGUCUAAUUGCAAUGGCGCCAGAUGACGGCUCUCUGUAUGCAGCUGUCAAAGUUCUUCUUUCUGUGCUGGAGACCAACAUAGCCAUGCGGCAGGAAAUGAAUCGAAUCAAUGGAUAUAAGUUGCUGGCUUUCCUGCUGAAGAUGAAGCACAAUCUGGUCAGCUACAGAACCUUUCAGUUGGUUCUGUAUCUCUCCAGGUCGGUGGAGCUGAGCUCUGGGCCAGAUUGCAUCCAGAACACACCUGCUUUCCAAGCCCUGCUGUGCGACCUGGAGGUGUGGCGAAACACAUCCGAUCAUCUCGACCUUUCAGCUCUGAAUCACUUUGCUGAAAUCCAGAAGUCCUUAAGUGACAGCAGGAAUGCAAGGGUGAUGCACAGUACGGGCACGCUACCAAACCUGCUAUUCGAGCUCUGUGAUCCCGCCGUGACUGUUCAGAAGGUGAAGAUCAUUUGUUGUAUCAUCACAUCCCUCCUAAAAGCUCACUUGACCCCUCUGGACACAAGCAGACUUGGGCUCUUCCUGGUCUACACGCUCCCUCCUCUUGGUAGCGCGAAUGAAGGGGGCAGCGACACAUUUGACAGUGAUCUUUCACAGGGUACACCAGCUCAGAGAUGUGAUCCAGCCAGCCUCAUCUGGAUCCGCAACCAACUCUUGCGAUCUCUUUGCGAAAUCCUCAACUCGGACGGCCUUCGGAUCAAAGAUCUGCAGAAGGCCUUAAUUGAUUCCCUGGGCAGUGAUUGGUUCCUGCUGUUCCUUCAGCCCCAUCUUCACCAUUCCACCUUGAAACUGGGUCUCGUCCUGCUCACACACUUCCUGUCAAACCCCAGCCAGCAGAGCAGCUUCAGGGAAGGGGUUCUCCCAGCAACCCUCAUAGAGGGCAUGGAGGAACGGCUCGUCUUGGACAACCUUCAAGCUAACACUAGGUCAUUUGAGAACCUCAGCACCACGUGCCCAGGCUUCGAUGUUCUACGGGGGCUGCUAACAAGACACACCCACCUACCUCAAGUGUUUGAAGCCAUGGCUUCUCUGCUGCUCGAGAAGAAGACCAGUCACACCACAGAGGGAAAGGUGCAAUUGGAUGAUUUCCUACAGUCAUUGAUUGACGGCCAAAAAGACAAUCCUGCUCCACAGCUCUGUGUUGAAGCCGCGACUAUAAUGCUGUCAUUAGUCAAAGCCAUCAUCACUCAGCCGUGUCCUCCAGAAAAGGACAUGUCAGGUACUGAUACUUCAUGGGAGUUGCGGCUCCCAGCAAGCGUGAUGCAGUUCCUUUGUCUACUUCAUAACCAGCGGCCCAGAGACCCACUGUGGGCAUCACCAGAGUUCCUCCAUGCACUGGCUGCAGUUUUGUAUCCUCUGGACGUUUCAGAGGGUGUGGUUGAGCCUUGUAUAAUGAGUGAAGGUGACAACACAUUAAAAAAUCCUCCAAACAGGAAGCCGGUCUGCGAUUUCAUCCGUAUUCUGCUCAUGGACAUUCUUUUUAAUGUGUCUGCCAACACCAACGCACACCCUCUGCUACUGCUGCUGGAGUUCUCCCCUGAAGGCGCAUCGCUGGAACAAAGGCAGAGUUUCCAGACUGAGCUGCUGGAGUUGACCAUGGACAUCAUCCACAUGCUCAGCCAUGAGGAAGAAAACAACACUCAUCUCAUCUCACAGGACAGCAAGAGUCAGACGCCUGAAGGUCAGAUGUGCACGUUGAUGGAGAACGUUGUGUUCUUCAGCAAGACUCUGCAGCAGAAACUUUACAGCGGAACAUUCUUGGGAAACUCUGAGAGUUUGAUCAACUUCCUCGCGGAUCAAAUUGUUGUGGCUCUGGAGAAAGGCCAAGCUCAGAAAGAGAGCACAGUAUCUGCGCUCUACUCGUGCACCAAUAAAGUCCUGCUUUAUCUCUUGUCUCAACCACGACAUUCCCAAGAAGAAAAGGACGUUGUCAUCAGGGCAUUGCGGACACUCCUAGAACGCUGGGACGUUGUCAUGGCGACUUACAAUGCGAAUGUGAACUUCAUUACAUGCCUCCUUCAUUGUCUGCUGCUGAUACGAUCGGGCAGCUAUCCCAAAGGUUUUGGAUGUGUUCCCCAAAAAGUGCUGAACAGCAAAGCUUCGUCCCAAUCGUCUGCUACAAGAACCAGACAUCCUGCGCGCCUCAGUAACGGAGCAGACGUUACCACAGAUGAUACAGAGCUUGUGUCCUUAGCGGAGUCGUGUUGGUCAAAGGUCAUGGCAGAGAGGCAGCACAUGCUUGAAGAAACCUCUAAGAUGGAGAUCUCGGCGAGUCACAUGGCCGAGGCGGGGCCUGUCAGCAUGACUGACAUCAGUCCUCUGUGGGAGGAGAUGGCCCAUAAAGCCUGGCUGCUAUACACAGACUCCCAAAAGCAGAAUGUGGCGGGCAGUUCUCUGAAGAGGUUUGAUAUGAUCAGCAGCGCGGUUCGCUCCGCUUUGGGCAGACUGGGCAAAGAGUCAGUAACAGUGGAGGAGUUUCUGUCUUACAUGGAGUCACGUCGACAAAGAGGUCACAGCAUGUUUGAGAACAUGAGGACCAACCACGUACAGUUAAGAGCCAGUGAGUGGGAGCAGGCGAGCUCCAAGUGGCUGCGCGUGGAGGCCGAGCUGCUGAGGGAGCGAGCGGUUUUCGGCCCCGGCCCCGGCGUGCUGCUGAACCAAGACUGGGUGCAGGAUGCCGCCGAAGGACCCAACCGAACCAGAUGCCGUAUCCGCAGGAGGGCCCUGAGGCGGUCCAAGCGGGUGCUCGGGACGCUGUGUCUGGGUUUAAGGACUGGCACGUCGGAGGGGAGCAAAAAUAGACCAGAAGGUGACGUGGAGCCCAUGCUCCUGUGUGAAGUCGGAGCGGAGGCUAAAGAGGAUGAACCGGAGGGGGGACAAGAUUUCGACCGCCUGACCUUCUUCCCCGUCCUGAACGAGACCUCGCCCGCUGUCACCGAGGGUUCCCCCGACUCCUUGACCUUCGAGCCCUGCUCCCACACACGAGACUGCCACAACACACGCGUUAUCCUGCAGGAGCUGCAGCCCGGAGAGGAGGUGACUGCUAAGGCGUGCGUGGUGACGGUGAGCGGCCUCCGAGUGACCGAGGGGGUGCUGCUGUUCGGCAAAGAGAGCCUGCUCUUGUGCGAGGGCUUCACUCUCAGUCCCGCCGGAGACGUUUGUUGCAGAGAGCACCGCCCCAGCAGUGUGAGGGAUUCCUUCAUUUCCACCAUGUUGAGUACAGAGCUGCCUCCGGCACGCUGCAGACGCUGGCUCUACGAGGACAUCAAGGACGCACGCUUCAUACGUUUCCUUUUAGAGGACAACGCUAUUGAAGUCUUCAUGAAAAACGGACUUUCAGCCUUCCUCGUAUUCCUGAAUAAGGACCAUGUUGCUGCAUAUAAAAGGUUGUGCAUGGUGGUGCCAGCAUUAAAAGGCAGAGGGGCCGCUGAGGUGAUUGCUAAUGCCAGGAAGACUCCUGUGGUUGAGAGGACAGCCCUUGUUAAAUGGCAGAGAGGGGAAAUCAGUAACUUUGAGUACUUGAUGCAUCUGAACACCAUCGCUGGGAGGACAUACAACGACCUGAUGCAGUAUCCAGUCUUCCCGUGGGUUCUAGCAGACUACCAGUCGGAGACGCUCGAUUUGUCAGAUCCUUUGACUUUCCGUGACCUCUCUAAGCCAAUGGGAGCUCAGACAGAGAAAAGGAGACAAUUAUUCAUCGAGCGAUAUGAAGAAAUUGAGAGCAUUGAGGAUGACGGAAAUUUGUCAGCCCAAUGCCACUACUGUACCCACUACUCCUCAGCCAUCAUCGUAUCCUCCUUCCUUGUCAGGAUGGAGCCGUUUUCACACACCUUCCAGGCACUGCAGGGAGGCUUUGACAUCGCAGAGCGGAUGUUUUACAGUGUAAAGAAGGAAUGGGAGUCGGCCUCCAGAGACAACACAGGGGACGUCAGAGAGCUUAUCCCAGAGUUCUUCUACCUGUCCGACUUCCUGCUCAACUCCAACCACAUCCAGCUGGGCUCCAUGGAGGAUGGUACCGCUCUGGGAGAUGUGGAGCUGCCUCCGUGGGCGAAAGGGGAUCCCCAGGAGUUCAUUAGAAACCAUCGAGAGGCCUUGGAAAGUGACUACGUGAGUGCAAACCUCCACCUGUGGAUCGACCUGAUUUUUGGGUACCGGCAGCAAGGUCCUGCUGCAAUAGAAAGUGUGAACACGUUCCACCCUUACUUCUAUGCUAACAAAGGCCGGAAAGAUGCUAAGGACCCCCUCAUCAAAAGCACAAUCUUGGGAUACCUCAGCAACUUUGGCCAAGUUCCCAAACAGCUCUUCACCAAGCCACAUCCACCUCGCAGUGGCAAUAAGAAAGAAGGGUCAUCAACAACUCAUCCGACUCCAUUUUUCUUCAAACUGGAUAACCUGAAGACCACUGUGCAGCCAUUUAGAGAACUGCCGAGAGGCCCGGUCGGUCAGAUACUGUGUCUGGAAAAAGAGGUUGUGGUCCUGGAGGGAUCCCGCCUCUUCCUGUCGCCUCUGUCGGGCUGCUUCUUCAGCUGGGGCUUCCCCGACUACAGCUGCUCCUUCGGAAACUACGCCACUGAGAAGACCUUCGCUGUGUGUGAAGGUUUGUGUGACUGGGGGGCGACGCUGUGCGCCGCCUGUCCCAACCAGAACACCAUCGUGACUGCAGGAACCAGCACUGUGGUGUGCGUGUGGGACGUGGCUGUCCACAAGGACAAACUCACUCACAUGAAACUCAGACAGCCGCUCUACGGUCACACAGACGCCGUGACAUGUCUGGCUGUGUCCGAGGUCCACAGCAUGAUAGUGAGUGGCUCCCGGGACCUCACCUGUAUCCUGUGGGAUACGGAGGAGCUCAGCUACAUCACCCAGCUAGCAGGGCACACAAGCAGCAUCUCUGCACUGGCUAUCAAUGAGCUCACCGGUGAGAUCGCGUCAUGUGCAGGACCUCUGCUCUACCUGUGGACCAUGAAGGGUCAACUGUUGACCCGCACAGACACGUCCUGCGGCCCUGGGGCCGACAUCCUGUGCGUCAACUUCACACAGCGACACGAGUGGGAUGCGAAGAACGUCAUCGUCACUGGCUGUGCCGACGGCGUCAUACGUAUAUGGAAGACAGAGUACACAAGAACACAAUUACCUGGCCCUCCAGAAGAGCCCGUGUCCCCGGGGCAAGACCGAACAGAGCGAGAAGUGAGCAGCCCGUGCCGCGUCACAGGCUGGGAGAGACAUCUGGUGUUGUGUCAAGAGCUGAACAGAAGUCAGGCCGCGUCGCAGCGUCGGAGCAGGAAUAGUCCCGCCAUCACAGCGCUGGCCAUGUCCAGGAGCCAUGCAACGUUGUUGGCAGGCGAUGCCUGGGGCCGAGUGUUCACCUGGACCUGUGAGUGACCCAACACGAUCACGCCUCCAGCUUCGAUUCCCCCACACAGAGAAUCCAUCAGUGUCUCAGGUCUGACCCCAGCGGAGCAAUGAGACCUGCCCUAUUUGACUCCUGUUCUGUGUGUGCAUUCAGCGAGAACAAUUUUUAUUUGGUACAUUCAAAUCUUUGACAAUAUAGAAUAUUUGAUCUCUUAUGUUGAUAUUUUAUUUCUGUAUUUUGUGAAAUUCAACAGAUGAAUAAAACUAUUGCAAACCUUUUGCAUAAAUCUU